AUGGCAUCGGUCACGAACCAGGUCGGGAACUGCUCAGCCGACACGUCUUUCGGCCCCUAUGCUGGAAAAGAUUGCAGAGGAGGGUUCGACUUUACGCUUCUCUUCGAAGAGUCCAUUCUUUCAAUACUCCCCAUCACCUUGAUACUAUGCGCUGCGCCUUUCCGUAUCUUGUUUCUGUGGGGGAAGCAAAGCAAAGUCUCGUGGUCUCCCAUUCUGCCCACAAAGUUGAUAUCAUGGAGUCUCCUGGUAGGCUUCGACCUUGCUCUAUUGGUCUUCUGGGCGUGGCAGCCGUUUGGAUACCACGCCGCCGUCCCUUCGGCCGCGCUGAGCCUCAUAGGCGCCCUCGUCCUGGCCCUCCUCUCCUAUUUCGAGCACCAACGCUCCGUCCGAACCUCAGUCCUAAUCAACUUUUAUCUCUUCUUCACCGUCAUCUUCGACACGGCCCGCUCUCGCUCUUGGAGCCUAUUACCUGAGCUCGAUACCAUCUCGACGCUUUUCACUACAAGGGUCGGUGUCAAGGUGUUUCUCGUCAUCCUUGAGGCGCGGGGAAAAGGCAGUCUUUUGCGUUCCGAGUUUGCAGACGUGCCUCCCGAAGCCACGGCUGGCUUAUUUAGCCAGGCGCUAUUUUGGUGGCAAAAUGAGCUAUUCAGGAGAGGGUUUUCCAACGUGCUGUCCGUUGACGACUUGUUUCAGUUGGACAAGCAUCUAGGCGCGGAGUAUCUGCACCACAGAAUUCGAUCGACGUGGGAUCGAGUAACAAAAAACCCUGGGCCGAACGCGCUUUUCAGAACCAUCUUGGACCGACUUAAAUGGCCCAUACUGGUGGUCGUCCCGUCGCGCGUUUGCCUGAUCGCGUUCAACUUCUGUCAGCCCUUCCUCAUCGAACGCGCUGUUCGGUACUCUAACGAGGGUUCCGUCGCUCAAAACACCAACAUUGGCUACGGGCUUAUUGGUGCAUACGUACUUGUAUAUGUAGGUAUCGCGGUCGCCACAGGGCAGUACCAACAUCGAACAUAUCGGGCAAUCACGAUGAUAAGAGGUGGCUUGAUCUCAAUGCUCUACCACAAAGCUACCGACCUCGCAUUGAAGGAUGUCGACUUGGCGUCUUCGAUUACGCUGAUGUCAGCCGAUAUUGAAAGGAUCGUGACGGGCAUGGAGACAGGACAUGAGGUAUGGGCCAAUUCGAUAGAGGUCGCCCUGGCGAUUUAUCUGCUUUCGCGACAGCUCGGUGAGGCCUGCACUGUUCCUAUUGGGGUGGCUGUUGUGAGUCUUCUAGGCUCAUUUGCUGCGACGAGCUUGGUCAUGCAACGUCAAGCGCUUUGGCUGGAGGCCAUCGAGCGUCGCAUUGCUGCAACGUCUACGAUGCUCAACUCUAUGAAAGGUGUAAAGAUGGGUGGCAUUACAGACAUACUCCGUGAAGACUUGCAACAACUUCGAAUCGAUGAGCUCAACAUCUCCAAGAAGUUCCGGAAACUGUUAAUCUGGACGAUGGGGAUUUCUUACAUCUCGCCCAUUGUGUCACCGAUCAUUACGUUUGCCGUUUUUUCAAUACUCGCACAGAAGAGUAACGGCCACACGACUCUCGACACUGCUAAAGUAUUCACCUCGCUCUCGCUAUUCACGUUGCUGGCAGAGCCCAUCAGCUCGCUGAUCCUGGCCAUGUUGUCUUUCAUGGGCGGUGUUGGUUCUUUCCGCAGAAUCCAAGAGUUCCUAUUGCAGGACCCCAUGGUUGAACGCCGCAAGACCCCCAAUCUUUGCGGCAGCAUCAAACCAGUGUCAGAUGUUGAUCACGACUCGGGCCAAGACCUCGAGGCGUCUCAAAAAAGCAGCCGCUCCUUCCUCAUGCAGCAAGUGGGCUCUUUUGGAGCACCUAGUUCUGGCUCCCAGGCCAUCACGAUUGAGAAUGCGACCUUUGGGUGGGACAAGGAGACGCAGCCUACCGGCCAGCUGCGGGAGGUCUCAGCUGUUGUGCCACGUGCCAAGAUUACCAUGAUCGUGGGGCCGGUAGGGUGUGGCAAGUCGACCCUGCUCAAGGGCAUUCUGGGAGAGCUGCCGAUGUUACAUGGCACAGUCCAGAUGUCGACCCUGCGCAUCGCUUUCUGCGACCAGACGUCGUGGCACGUGAACGGAAGUGUGCAACGGAGCAUCGUUGGCGUCUCAGACUUCGACCAACGGUGGUAUGCGGCCGUGGUUCGUGCCUGCGCGUUAGAUGAAGACCUUCGUCAAUUGCCGCAAGGCGACCAGACCUCGAUUGGGUCCAAGGGGGUUGCGCUGAGUGGUGGCCAGCAACAGCGUAUAGCGCUGGCGAGGGCUGUAUAUGCGCAGAAGGAUCUAGUUAUUCUCGACGACUGCCUGAGCGGGCUGGACGGUGCAACCGAGAACCGCGUAUGGCACUCGCUUCUCGGGCGCGAUGGACUUCUACGAAGAUGCAGAUCAACCGUUCUCAUCACUUCAUCAUCCGUGAGACGUUUGCCGUACUGUGACUGGGUUAUCGCACUUGGUAACGAAGGCAGGAUCGUAGAGCAAGGCUCAUUUGACACGCUCAACGGAACGGGUGGCUAUGUCUCCAGCUUCGACCUGCCACCACCCGACUGGGACUCUGCACCAGAGGAGCUCACCUACGCGUCCCCUCCGCGAUACACCGAGCGGCCGAUUCACGAAAAGGUUACUGAAGAAGACGUUCAGGCUGAGACAAACAGACGCACGGGCGAUGUGGCUAUAUACCUCUACUAUAUUCGGUCGGUCGGUUGGAUCCCCACGCUGAUCUUCAUUGCUUCCAUCACAAUCUUCAUCUUCGGACAGUCUUUCCCGACGAUCUGGGUCAAGAUGUGGGCCGAGUAUAACCAAGAGUUCCCCAACCAGCGUCUGGGCUACUAUCUCGGUAUCUAUGCGUUGCUCGGUGGCUCCGCCCUCGUUUUCCUCAUGAUCAGUUGUUGGCAACUCAUUGUGACGAUGGUCCCUCGCUCCGGUGUUCAAUUCCACAAGAGGCUUCUCGGUACAGUCCUCGCGUCGCCGAUGUCAUUCUUCGCAGCGACGGAUACCGGCGUUACACUCAACCGCUUCAGCCAAGAUCUCCAGCUCAUCGACAUGGAGCUGCCACUCUCUGCUUUGAACACAUUUGCCUCAUUCGUGCUCUGCAUAGGACAGAUGGUGCUCAUCGCCGUCGCUGCACCCUUCGCGGCCAUCUCGUUCCCCGUCGUCGGUAUUAGCGUCUACGUGAUCCAGAAAUUCUACUUGCGCACCUCUCGGCAACUCCGAUUCCUUGAUCUGGAAGCCAAGUCACCUCUAUACACUCAGUUCAGCGAGAUAUUGGAGGGCUUGCCAACAGUCAGAGCAUUUGGUUGGCAGGGCUUCCUCGAAGAGAAAGCCAAAGCCUUACUGGACCGCAGCCAACGCCCCUUCUAUCUUCUCUUCGCCGUUCAGCGCUGGCUAACCCUCGUUCUCGACCUGAUUGUUGCGGCCGUCGCAACCAUUCUGAUCAUCCUGGUGGUAGCUUUGAAAGGCAAGCUGAGCGCCGGUUACGUCGGUGUUGCGCUACUCAACGUCAUCCUCUUCUCGCAGACCAUCAAACUGCUUAUUACCUUCUGGACACAGCUCGAGACACAUAUUGGAAGUGUAGCGCGCAUCAAGACUUUUACCACGGAGGCUACCAGCGAAGACCAACAAGGUGAGGACCAACCCGCGCCUCCUAAUUGGCCGAGCGAAGGCGGCGUUGAAUUCAAGAAUGUCACGGCCUUUUAUCGUCCCAAUGAACCUGUCAUCUCAGAAUUCUCGCUCGAGAUCAAGCCGGGCGAGAAGGUCGCUGUGGUUGGUAGGACAGGAAGUGGCAAAUCCUCGCUCGUCCUCUCACUUUUCCGCAUGAUCGAGCUCUCGUCCGGCAGCAUCACCAUCGACUCCCUUCCACUCUCUCGUCUCCCGCGCCAAACGAUCCGCUCGAGGCUCAUCGGUCUUCCACAAGACGCGUACCUGCUCCCAGGGUCAGUUCGCCUGAACGCCGACCCGCUCUCCCAGAGCAAUGACAGGGCGAUCAUGCAGGCGCUGAAAGACGUCCAGGUGUGGGACAUCGUGGUCAGCAAGGGCGACAUGAGCAAGUACGCGCAUCCUCUAGAUGUUCAAGUUGAGGACUUGCAUUUCUCGCAUGGCCAACGACAAUUGUUCUGCCUAGCAAGGGCGUUGUUGCGAGCGGAGAGAGGUAGAGUGGUGGUCCUGGACGAAGCUACGAGCAACCUCGACCACGCGACAGAUACCCACGUCCAGAAACUCCUCCGCUCAAAAUUCGCCUCGCACACUGUCAUCGCCGUGGCCCACAAGCUCGACACCAUCCUCGAUUUCGACAAAGCAGUCGUCAUGAACCAAGGCCAACUCGUGGAGUACGGUGAGCCGUACAAGCUGCUGGAGCGUGAGGGCAGCUGGUUCAAGUCGCUCUACGAAGACGGUCACGGCGACAACGGAGGGGUCGGGAUGCAUGGGGGCGAUGAUGUGGACGGCAUCAUGGUGAUGACGUAA